ACUCCGCUGGCCAGGCAAGCUUGUCUCUUCCUCUUUUUUCCCGCGGAAUUAGGGCUGCCACUCGUCUAGCGCGAAGCUCUUUGAAAUUGCAUUAGUUAUAUUUGCCAUAAAUUAUUGAUUAAAAUGAAUUUGGAAGACAUAGCGGUGGUGAUGAAGUUGUUUGAUAACAACGUCGACAAGCUACUGGAGAAAUUGUACUCCUAUCAGCGCGAUGUAAAAUGCCUUAGCAAAUUGCUCUCGGAAAAAUGGGUGAACGGGGAACGUUUGGAUAGACAUCUUGUCGCCCUGCACGAUUAUUUGGUGGGCAGUCUUAGCGAAGUUAAUACCUAUCUCAUAAAGCUAAACCUACACAUAGAACUCAACCGACCAGACGGGCGAUUAAGGAAGGAGGGAUACACAGGAGACUCCUUCGAUGGCUCCAACUCAAUUAAUCACUCAAAUUCGAUCGAAGAAGUUAGCACUCAAGAGUCUCAUGACCAGCUGCCGGAGAAGGACUCGAUUGAAAAGUCCCCAAAAGAAAACACCCAGUUAGUGCCCAUUGACUUGUCGCUGGCAGCAAGGAAUGAGUCCACGUGCUCGUAUUCAUCUGAGAAUCUGGACGAAGACCCAAAGGUCUUUCAGCCUAUUGCCAAAGACCAUGAAGUGGCUGUUUCUCUGUCACCACCGGUAGUUCUUAAAGAUGUUUUACAAAAGAGUACUCAGGCCAACCUCGAUGAAAUUUCCAACCAAAAACACGGCAGCCCAUUGGUCAAUAAGACGUUUCCAGAAGAGCCCACGGUUAAUAAUGUAGAUCCCUCAGCAUUUUCCUCUGCAACCGUUACAAAAGAAAUAAUGGCAUCAGAAAAAAUAUCACAAUCGGCUCCCGAUUGCAGCAAAUUGGCGAAUUCCAAAAACUCCAACAGUGAGACUGAUUUGCAGAUUAAAAAGAGUGCAGUCGCUGCCUUGCCCUCCAGUUGGCUUGUAGAACCCAAUGCUGAUCAGGGUACUGCUUCAAAUUCUAUACACAAACAACCAAAAGCACCUAGUAACCAAUGCCUUUUGGCUCCCAAAGGCGGCACUCCUACGACCAGCAAUGGCAUCUACAAUCAAGUAAUAAAAAACAUGGCUUCUUUUCCCGAGAAAGCCAUCGUUUCCGCCGUUUUGGUACAUGUUAACAUAGCAGAGAACUGCAUUUUUGUGGCCAAAUGGAAUGAGAGUUCACAACCAAUCAUUAGGAUCCUUCAGGGUGAGGUGCAAUUGCGUGAAAUACAGCAACUGCCCGAUUACGGAGAAAUCUUUGCGGUUCUUGAUAGUAGCGAUCAAAUCAUAACUCGUGUCACAAUCAAUGCUAGUUCCGCGGGAGGGGGCUACGAUGCCUAUUUGAUUGACUACGGCGAGCACAUUCACCUGAAUGGCAACGAAACCAUAUACGAACUGCCGGACAACAUAAAGCGGCUACCGGCGGAAGCCAUUAAAUGCCAUUUGUCUAAUUGCAAAGUCACCCAGAUGAGUAGUUCCCUCUACCAGAUGUUUAAAUUGUGUGUGCAAGAUAACAAUGGCAUUGAUUUGGUGGUGGAGCUUAUGGAGCUUGAGGAGAAUGCUAAUCGAAAAGAUUCCACUAAUAGUAAGCCAGAAACUGAAUGUCCUGGUGGGUUAAGUAAGGAAGACAUGGAAAUGCUAAACGAUUUCGGAAAAAGCACCAGUGAUCCGUUGAAAGCAGUUUUGGGCUUUAAGCCCACGGACGAGCAACGCAUCUGCCGGCACUACGAUCCCAAGCUGAAGGGCUGCUUUAAGGGUUCGAGUUGUCGUUUGGUUCAUGAACCUUUAGCUCCCUACGGCGCCACCAAGGAUGUGGAGGUAGCUGAACCACUUCCUGAGACGGUUUUUGAUACACCUGUGCCCAAUAAAGAAGGCGACACAGUCCGCAUCCUUAUCACCUAUGUUAACAGCCCUACUGAAAUUUAUGGCCAGUUUUUGGACGGAUCUCCUCCGCUGGUGUGGGAUAAAAACGAUGUGCCGGAGGCCAAAAGGAUUUUCAAGCGCAAGCCGCACGUUCUGGACAUUGUGCUUGCUCUCUAUUCCGACAACUGCUACUAUCGGGCCCAGAUAGUCGAUGAAAUGGACAGGGAGUACAAGGUCUUCUAUGUGGAUUAUGGCAACUCAGAUUUCGUGUCCCUGAGCUCCCUGGCUCCAUGCGAUUAUGUGGAGCGCUUGAAGCCCCACAAGUGCAUCAGUUGUCAAAUAGAGGGAGUCAUAAGGUCAUCUUUCUUGACAUCUCGGAAGACUCUGGAAGGCGUCGAAUUCCUCAAGGCCAAACUAAUCAACCAGGAGUUGGAUGUAAAGCUAGUUAGUCGUUUGCCGGAUGGUUUUCUUGUUCGCUUCCUGGGCGACUAUGCCGAUGUGCCAAAACAGUUGAUAAAACGUGGUUAUGCUGAGCCCAGCGGUGGACUUCAGCGUAACUCCGAAGAUGAGGCAGACUACGAUCAGCUUUCGGCUGCCAAAAGCGUCAGUAGUUUGUAAUUUGUUUUGUUCACCACUUUUGAGGUUUCUUUUUGUUAAUUUGUUGUUAUGAAGAAACGAUAUUUUAAAUUGACAUCAAUUUUUAUGUUAAGCAGCAGCUAUCGAUUAUCAUAUUUCUGACCAAAAUAAUAUUACUCACUCAGACCAAUGGCUUGACUGCAUUUAAAAUCUUAUAAAUGUAUGUCUAAGAAUACGAAUUUUUUUUAAGGAGUCCAAAUUUUUGUUUAAGUUUAAAGUUUCCGACUACUCUUGUUAACAUAUAAAUGUAAGUUGUUUAUUUUCAAAACAGUAUUUCUUGAAUCAGUAUUGAACCUUUAGUUAUGCCACGAAGCUUACAAAAUAAACUAUGUAUAUUCCAGCACGUUA